CACUUCUCCUCUCCUUCUCUACCCAAGCAAAACCUCAACAACAAACACCAUGUGUGGCAGCUACUACGGAGGCUCUGGCUACCGAGGCUGCGGUUACGGAAGCUGCGGUUACGGAGGCUGCGGUUACAGAAGCUGCGGUUACGGAAGCUGCGGUUACGGAGGCUGCGGCUACGGAAGCUGCGGUUACGGAGGCUGCGGUUACGGAGGCCAGGGCUGUGGCUAUGGCUCCAGCUAUGGCUGUGGCUUCCGCAAACUGGGCUGUGGCUUCCGCAAACUGGGCUGUGGCUACGGAUACGGCUCUGGCUGUGGCUACGGAUACGGCUCCCGCUCUCUCUGUGGCUCUGGAUGCGGCCCUGGCUUUGGCUGCUACUAACUGAGGUCGCCUUGGGAGACUCUCACCCUCCGCACCUGCACGUGGGAUUCACCAGUUCUGAGCCCCGCACGUUCUGAACUUUGCUGAAGACUUGCAUGCUGGAGCCCUUUGGGUCGGAUGCAGCAAACUUCUUCCUUCCCAUAUUUAACUCAUGAGAAGUGGGAGCAUGUGAAACUCAUCCUGAGAACUGUGUGGUCUCUCAUUGGAAUGAUGCUGCCACAGAUCCUCCCUUUUGAUGUUCAUGGAGGAACCAUUUCUCUAAUUUCCUAAUAAACUCAUUCAGUCUGGAAUAAUAAACGUGGCUUUCUUGUCAUUUAAAGUCCAGUAUUUGUCAUUUUGUUUUUUUGUUUUU